AUGGGCCCAUAUGUGCCGCCCGGCCAGUCGCCGCCCUUUGAGGUUGUCGAUGACCUGCACCAUGGCGCGUGGGUAAUCAUCACUGCUGCACUGGGACUGGUUGUGUCCUUGGUGUGUUUCUUAAUUCGGUUAUACGUGCGGCUCAUGCUGAUUCCGCCAUUUGCGCGCGAUGAUUGGGUUUUGUUGGGUGCUACGGCUGUCGCCGUGGUGCAAUCAAGUCUCGUAUUCUAUGCCUGCUCGCGCGGGUUCGGGACUUCUAUAUCGUUAUUGAAGGAUGGUCGACUCGAUCAGAUUCAAGCUUUAAUUGCAACAAGCGAUAUCAUCGCUCUGAUAAUCAUCUACCUCUCCAAAUGCUGCGUCGUGGCUAUCUACCUCCGCCUCACGCCGCAGAAACCACAUAACCGUGCAUCCUGGGCGACACUAGCUCUGUGCACUGCCUGGGUAAUCCCGGCUAUAUUCAUCGUCUUAGUCAACUGUGAGCUAAACACACCUUGGCGGAGUGACGGCGGCGAAUGCAGCGACUUGUACAUACGGUGGCAAUUCAUCGCCGCAGUCGACGUUAUAACCGAGCUCCUCCUCUUCCUCCUCGCCGUGAUCCUCCUAAAAGGUCUUUUUAUGUCCGUUCGCCGCAAAUUAGCCGUCGGGUUUGCAUUUAUAUUUCGCUUUCCUCUUAUAAUUUUCUCCCUAAUCCACAUCUCAUCCCUCCACGCAGCCCUAAACAACAAAGACACAACCCUCGCCGCCGUCAAACCAACAAUCUGGAUGCAAGUCGAGCUUCACUACGCCCUAGUCGCAUGCAGCGUAUUCUGUCUCCGACCUUUCAUGGCAGCCGUCAGCACAAACUACGGUACCGCGGGCGACUCGACGCUAGAGAAUAGCGCGUCGAGAUCAAACGGUACGAAAGAAAGCUCGAAGACCGGGUCUGGGUCCGGGUCCGGCUCGAAUUCAAAUACCGCUUCGAGGUCCAUGUCGCAGUCCCGCAUACAGAGGAAAAGAGCCGGGACAGGGUCAAAGCCACCGCUAGUUACUCCGGGGGUUAGUGGUCCUGGUUCUGGUUCUGGGCUGCAACAGUCGGAGAAUCAGCGCCCCCGCCUGGACCCUUCAUUGUGUGUUGAUACCAGUCCCCGUGCGCACGGAGCGCUUGGGAAAACCCGAAAGGAUGCGAAGAGUGGCAGACCGGAUACGGUGCGUGAGCCUGUACGUCGGUCGAUGUUCCCGCUCAGCGCACCGCGGAAGAAUCUGAGCUUUCAGGUACCGGAGAAGGGGAAGAAUGGCGCGAGGGCUGGGUCUGUGGGUUCGUUUGCGACAGAAUCUGAUUUGAUCGAGCUUGUACCGAGGCCGCAUAAUCGACAUGCGAGUAGUGCGACUGAGCGAGUGGAUGAUGGAGAGGGGCCUGAUAAGAUGGUUAUUCAUAAGGAGAUUCGGUACUCGAUUCAAUAUGAAGAUGAGGCGGAGGUGAGGAGGCGGGAGGAUUUGAAGAUUAAUUCUGUUGAUGUUUGUGCUUAUGUAUAA